UAAGGAUAGGUUAAGAGACGAGCCUUGUUGCUUUGCAGAAUAACACUGAAUUGAAUGCAGUUAGGAAUACCAAAUAAGGAGGCAAAGAUAGAGAAAAUAAUAGAAAAUGAAGGAAUAAAUGAGCAGACAAAUGAAAGAUAAAGUGAGUAAGUAAGUAGAGGAUGGAUGACUAAAAGGAACGAGAAGUGAGCCCUGGAACAGCGCCUUGGGAGAGCUCCUCCUGCGCCCAGUGUAAACAACGGCGACGCUCCCAGGAGGCAGAGCGCUUGGCAAGGAGCUAUCUGUGGACAUACACUCCCGUGUCCUUUGAAACUGUAAUACGAAGUAAAGCAAUCUAUUUCAUUUAAGAUGGACCAACUGCCUCAGCACAUUCAUGGCUCCAGCACAGACAAGUCAAAGUUUUUUAAGUCCAAUGUCUUAGGAACUUUGGCCGGCUUCCUCAUACCUGUCCUGCUACCAUUCUUUCACCUGGGGAUCAUCUCGCACCUGUGGGAUGAGUUCAACUACAAAGUGGACCGCAAGGGUUGUUCUUGCUCAUGCUGGGACACCAUCUUCAAAGGUAUCUAUGAACGAGGUCCAUCUGGCUAUAAGCAUAUCUACUUCAACAUCACAUCCAAUACCUUCAAAAUCUGGAUGGUGACUGUCCUCUCCAUUCUUUUGAUUUAUGAGUCAGUCAAGAGGACCCUGCAGCUCCAUUUUUCUGGUCAGCUGCGUAAAUCAAUGUUGGUGCUGCUUAUAGCUAGCGUGUAUCCGCAUUAUUACUCGUGGUGGUCGUACUUUAACUACUGGAAUGAUGAUUUCUAUAGACAGUGGAAUCAUCAGCUCUUCUUCUCGAUUACAGAACUCAUCUCUACUCUGGCAGUAGUUUACCUGCUAGACAAGAACAUUCCAAUAACAGCAAGAAGUACUCUCAUAAUCAUAGACAUCGCCAUUUUACAUAUCAUGUCUUCGAGCUUCGAUCAGUUUGUUACAAACGUUAUAAAUGGGAAUGGCAUGCUGCAUCAGGUUCUGCGUGACAUCUUCUUCAUGAUUCCUGACAUACUGCAUGUGACCCUACCAUUACUUGAGCUUAAGAAGCUGGCCCGUUCACGCAAUGUACCAACAGCCUAUGUCAUAUCUAACCGGGAGUUCUUCUGUUCAGUGUCACUUGUGAUCUUUGGCUGGUUUGUCUGUCUGAUUCUUUAAAAAGUAAGGUAUGCAUUAUACCAGUUGCCCUGACAUUUUGAUGGGUUGGGAUAAAUAAAAUUCUUGUAUUGAUAUCUGGUCAACUGUAGGAUCUUUUUUUCUUAGUAUGUGGAUGUUGUUUUAUAUUAAUCUACACGCACAUGCACACACGCGCACGCAUACUGACGUGUACCCAAACACAAAUAUUGAGAGAUAGACACAAACACAUAUCAAAAGACAUGUCCUUUCUCACAUUCACUUUUAUAAGUAAAGGGUUUUUCUUCCCUAACUGUAUCAGUGUUUCAUCUAAUGUUUGUAAGAGAACUAUUUUCUCCUUCAGGACUGCCUCAUCUUUAUCUUAUUUAAUUUUUCCUUUUUAUGUUAACUAUAUAUUGAUUAACACAUCAUUAACCCAUUCGCCCCGGAUUUAUGUUCUGUCCCCUGUAGUUUUUGGUGAAUUUUGUUACAUACAGAUGGCUCCACAUGUGCUCAACCGGCAAGGAGUCUAUCAGUAGGCCCUAGUUACCGACCCUGAUUUUCCCAUUUAUUGAAUUGGCAGGAAAAUUAAUACCAUUGCUAUCGAUAUUGUUAUUAUUGUUAUUGAUGUUAUGAUUAUUAAAUUGUCAUUAGAAUAUUUUAGACAAUGAAAUGAUACAAAAAACCCCUUUCCUAAAGUGAAGGAAAAGGAUAAACAGGUAGUUCUUGAUAACUGGCUAUUUGGUGAUUAAGAACUUAUGGAGCCAUCUAUGUGUAAAUACAAUAAAUAUAAGUGUAUCAAAGUGGGUAUGGCAUCUAUUCUUGCCAUGUGGGGCGAAUGGGUUAACUUGUCAUUUUUACUGUUGUUAAUGGCUUGAUUUUCUAAUUGUUAUCUCUUUAAUACAAUUAUUUAAGCAGCUAGAAUCAGCUGCUUUUAGCAGGCAUGUUCACUUGCUGGUGUUAAGUGAUUAAGUGUUCAUUUUUACUCAUAUUUAUGUUGUUCAGGCUCAUGAGAGUCUUUUAAUGUGUGUCUGUAGUUUAGAGUGAGCAACCUUGUGCUGGUUCUAUUAAAAUUAAAAUUAAA